CCCUUCUAUGCAUUAUUUUGACUCAAGUGAGGCCCUUGAUGGGGAUCAUAUGGGGCACCUGAUUGAGCUAACGAGCUAAAUGAAAAGCGACCUCCCAUGACAAAAUCCAAAGUCCCCAUUGAAAUUCGAUCCCAGUGCGAACAAAAUAAUACUAUUAUAUAUUGUAUACAUGAUGGAGAAGAUGUCAAAAUGGUCUGCAAUGUCUGUGUUAUUGUCCAAUGCUAUGGACAUUAUGGGGUAUAACACUGAAAUGAUCCGAUGCAGGCAGGAAACGUACCGCACACUGGACAAAAUUUCAAAUAUAAAUAACAAAGAUGGACCAUGUACUCGAUUCACUACAGGUGGUAAGGCGGAGGGGAUUGCACGCUACUUUGAAAGUGAUAUCGACCAUUUACACACGGUGAAACACGUUAUUUGUACAGACAAACCUUUAUAUAUUGACCACUCGAACAUUCUAACGUUGUUUAAAGUAGAAAAUGAGAACACCCCACCCGGGUAUGUAAAGUUAAAGCUUUUAGAACACAAUGGGAACUGCCUCAAGGAAGAAAUUUCUGCUUCCUUAUUCGAAAAUUCCAGCGGCGAGAAAUACAUAUCUAGCAUAAAGUUUACAGAAAAUAUCAAGGAGUCUACCAUAUGGUUGCCGGGUUUCACUACGCAGGCGAAAAGUGGACCGUCUUCCCCGGUGAGCAACGGUUACUUAUCAAUAGACAGAGUUGUUUCCUUUAGAUGCUUUCUUCCACGGGAUCAGAAUAUAUUGCGGAACAGAUCAGAACUUUCGCGUUGCCGUGACGUGAACGAUACGUCAUUUGGUUUUGAAUCUCAAGUGCACGCUGUCCCUGUGGGUAAUAGCUACAGUGCAGACAAAUAUUUGGAAUGGCGUCUAAGUUAUACGGAAGCUGAGCUUAAUCUCGUUCGCAAUCUAAGCCAUGCCGAUUUAAAAGUUUAUAUUUUCCUCAAGCUUGUAGCGAGAUCUAUUUUUAAGCCAGUUUGUAAUGAAAUGACGUCAUAUCUUAUGAAAAAUGUGAUUUUAUGGACAAGUUCACGUUGUUGUCAUAAUUCAAAAAGGAGAUCAAAUAUUUUAGACACACUGCAAUGCUGCCUUGAGUUCCUAAGAAAAUGCCUGGUUACAAAUUAUCUUCCAAGUUUUAUGCUUCCACGGAGAAACCUAUUUCGCGGUCGCGUUGGGUUGCACGAGAACAAAAAAUUACAGUCAAUAUUAACAGAUAUGUUAAAUUCUGGACCAGCCAUGAUAUUUUGUUGCAAUAAAGUUAAAAUUGCAAUUCAUUCACUCAUCAAAAUACCAGAAAUGUUUAAAGAAUAUAGUUUAUAUCGAAAUGAAAUCGAGAAAAUGAUUCUCGUGCUAUGCACGUGCCGGGCACGCCUUAGAACACAUGGUGUCACACAGGAGCAAUACGACAAAUUAUUAAUACGGGACCGGCUAUACAGGACAACCAAAUUAAAAAUACUUGCUAAAAUCGGACUCUAUGACCCGUCUGCUGAAAAUGAAGCAGAAGACGUGGAGAAAAUUCUAAAGUCUACAAAGGGAGAAUAUUAUGAAAGACUAUCUCGAAUGCUUUCAUAAGGUUGUGGUGAGAAUAAUAAGGUUGUCCUUCGGAAGGAUUGUUCACGACAAAAAUACAUGAAAAUUGAAAUGAAACCGCAAGACCAGAAUUUAACAAAAAUGACUUGGUUAGCUGGAAGUUUUUGGAAAUUGUGUACUUGACAAAUAACAGUCAAUAAAGACAUUUUGUGUUUUAUUUCUGUUUUUAAAAAAUAACAAAGCUUUAAGCAUAUUUCAUAUUAUUAUAAUUGUGUUCUAUCAUAUGUGCAAGGCAUGUUGUUUGUUUCAUUUUACGCCUUUUUCCAACAGUAUUUCAGUCAUGAAUAUAGGCGGGUAGUUUCCUACCCAUCGUUCCUUGAGAAAUAUACCAGUACUAAACUACAUUCCUCCGCGCUAAACUACCAAAGCAUCUCCCGGGGAUUGAACCCCUGCCUGACAACUUGUAACUGGAUUAGAAGUCAUCGACUCUUACCCCUCGGCCACGGAGGUGGUCGCAAAGCAUGUAGAAAAAGGUCAAAAGUCAGUCCGGGUUAUUGAAUGAGAGGAACAACUUUGGUAAUGCUCAGUACAAGUGCUGCAGGAAACUGUUUUACAGCAAAGCCAAAAUAACCUGUGACAUAUAUUCAAAAUUAUUUAUUAGUUUGGUAACCAAAACAUAUAUUGAAGAAUAAAUGGAGUAUAUCGUA